AUGCGGGAACUUGAAUACAUAGAUGAUAUGCUCGAACAAGACGAGAAUGCCGACCAGGAGAAUUUGUCGGUGCCGCGCGAACAGUGGAGGGCGGCAGACUUCGUCGAGGAAGACAUGGUGUACGCGACCAUCGACGUGCUCGUCUUGGACGCCCUACGCCACCUGCAAACCGUGGAGAGGAACAGCACGCUGAGGCAGUACACCUCGUGGAUUUAUCACUACAAGAGGUGGGCGGCGAAGAUGUUGAGGCAAAUUCGCAACAAGCUUCCGCAGGAGUACAGGCUUACGUACGUCGACGAGAUAGGGCACUACAUCCGGGACAACAAGAAGAAAAACUGGGACCAAGAGGCCGAUGUCCCCCGGUCGUACGUGUGGCUGCACGGCCCUAGGAUGGCGGCGAGAGUGGAGGCGACGAUAUACCGGGAGACAGAGCUGAGCAUCAUGCGAGAGAUAUCGGUGGUCAGGUCGGAGGUGCGGUUCAUGAUCCGCACCAAGAACGAGCGGGACAUCAACAUCCGCGAGAUCACGCUCCCCGACAUAUUCUUGUACCGACUGGCGAGCACCUCGUCGGUGAACCCGGAGAACCAGCCGGUCGUCAUGGUCAUCGCUGCGCGGAACUCGAAGACGUCCAAGGAUGCGCGUCUGCAGCAGAGCUACGCUGCGCGGCACCUCGAAGCGGAGUUCUGCGCCGUCGGCGAGACGGGCCUGUGGUUGCACUUCAUCCUCGACCAGAUCGGCCAGUUUCACGGCGUCCGCCUCAUUCUGCCAGUGGACACCAGCACACGCGCGAGCUGGUACAAGAAGCACCUCUUCUUCGCCAAAAACGACACCGACCAAGGGGAGCUUUUUGCGGCAAGCCACCAACGCUGGACGCGGCAGUUGUGGGACAAAAACGGGGUCUUCUGCAAGAGGAACGUGCACGCCGCUCGAGCCGGAGGGGCCAAGGAGCUGGCCAUCGACGGCACGCCACGCGCCGAGAUCGCGGAGCUGGGUCACUGGGCGCUCGACAAGAUGACGCGAGCGUACAUCACCGCCAUUCCGGUGGGGGUGGUGAUGAAGAAGGCCGAUUACUCUAUUUACAAACAGGACUACUUCUUGGGUCGGAGCAGGGUGGAGCCCUCCGAUAAGCUCUUGAAGCUCCUCGCCGAGCACAUCUUCCCUGGCGUCGACGACAUGCUGAAGACGGUAUGUUAG